CUCUACUCUAGCUAUAUAAAUCGGUAACCCCAGCCUUCUUGGUUCGACACCAACUUUUUCAAGAAAAAUCAUCUAGGGGCCUACAUAAAUUACCAGAAAGACAAAGAGGAGAUGAAAUUGGCUUCAUAUCGUUUGAUUCAUGGUCUCUUGGACUAGGCUUUUAUUUGAGUGAAACUAAGGAGACGAUGGGGGGUGUUUGCGGCCCUUGUCGAUUCACCAGCAACGGAAUCAGGAUCUCUUUACCAGCAGCUGUCACUAUCACAUCUUGGAUCAUCAUCCUUGGAUUCAUGUUGAGUAUAUUAUGUGCUGUACUCAUCAACUUUGAAGAUACAACCGAAACACAUUGUCAUGUUGCAAACUUCCUUCCUUCCUUCAGCGCAGCCAUCGCAACAGCGCCCUCAUCAUAUAUAUGGCGGCUGGCAGUGACACUGAGUUCAACGCAAAGAGUGACCGCUGUCUUUGGUCACUACUCUCUCUUCUCAAGCCUUCCUGAUUCCACUGGAUUAUAUAAGUUUCUAUGCCAGCUCUGUGCGGCCUUAGAGAUGACCGAGAAUCUAGCCCUCAUAGGGCUCACGUGUGUAUCAUCACGAGAGUUAUACGAUAUUCAUGAGAUAUUUUUUAUAACAUUCCAAGCAAGUUCCAUGUUUUACAUGAUGUUCAUGUGCCUCCUCUUUCGAUUGGCAACUAACCUUGGUCCAUCACCCACUGAAGAAGAGCGGCACAUUCUUUUUAAAAAGCUUGCCCUUUUCUUCACAAACUUGGUGGCGUUUAUCUCUGCUCUAUACUUCUUCUUCAGACAUAACUGGUACUGUGAACCCGGAGUAUACAGUUUAUUUGCCCUGUGUGAAUACCUGGUAGUCAUCACAAAUAUCAUCUUUCACAUCGUAGUAUCGUCAUACUUUGAGGACAGAGAGCUCAGACUCGGAUGCAGGAUAAACAGCAAGAAAUGAACACUUGAUAUGAAUCUACAGUAUCAACAUCCAUGACUUAAGGAAAGAUAUCGGGUGACAAGCCUCUCUGUGAUCUUCACAGAGAACUUUGCUCUGAGCCAAUCAGAGGAAAGGAUUUCAUUAGCUUUUAACAGAUAGUCGUUGAAAAUCACUGACCAUUUGUUUCGUGAAAUGCCUCCCAGGAUUCCGAGGAUGAUACCGUGCAAGGCAGGUGAAUGGAAAUAAAAGCAUAACAAGAGAGUUUUUCACAAGGCUGUCCAUUGGCUCAAUACACACAAGUUUAUGCCUGAUUGUUGAUAUGUACCUAGUGCUUUUGGGACUCACCUCUAACCUCCACUGGAGUUUCACCAAGGUGGGACAAAAAUUUAUAUUAUACUUAUAAAUUUUUUAUAGUUAAUGAAGUUUGUCAAGAGAAUUUAUUUCUACAAAAUGGGAUAUCAACUUUAACUGAUGGGGGUUAAAAGAGUUUGAGAGGCUGAUUUAGCACUCAAGAAUAUGUUCAAGUGUCAUGUAUAGUUGUGUGUAACUUAUACAUAGUUUAUGAAACAUAUCCAGUAUGGUUAAGAAAUUAAAAAGGCAGACAAAAAAUGUUCAAAGCUGGAUUCCCCUUUAAUGCUGAAAGUAUCUGAUAAUUACGUAUCACCUCUUGCCAUUCAUUGUGAUACAUUUCACCGUGUUUUUCCCCUUUUUUAUUUAUUUCUGUUAUUAUUUAAAGGCUGAAUGGUUUUAGCAGUUGCAUUGCAGGAAAAUCGGAUUAUUUUCUCUUGUGUAUAUUUUUCAAACAUAUUUUCUUUGUCGCAGCCAAAAAUUAUGCCUCAUCAGAACUUUGUUGCAGUUGGCAUUGUGUCUGAUGACAAAAGCUUGCCUGGCAUUGCAACGAAUAUUACUGACUAUGCUCUGGAAUAUAAGGUAGAGUUUACUUCAAGUUCAAGAAAUUAUGUUGUUUAUAGCAUGGGCUUAGAAGAGAAAUAGUGUGUUGACAAUGGAAACACUGUAGGAAUGUUGCCUGACAUAGCAGUUAUCAUGGCAUGCACUAUGCAAAGUAGGAUAGACCAACCACCCUUUCACACGGUAAAAAAAAAACGUAAUUUGAAUGAUGAUUCUAAAAUAAGGCUAAUGACGAAUAUGUAGAACGUGUGAAACCAAACUAGAACAUGAUUAGAAUCACGAACGCUAAUCACAGUCACGAUUACAUCAGCAAUCAUCAUUACAAUGAUGAUUCAAGAUUCACGUGUGAAAAUUUCCUUAGAGAGUUGUAUGGGUUUAAAUGGCUUCACACAGUAAAAUUGUAUGGGAUUGCCAGAGGUGCCUCUGAAAUUACAGCAGCCACUGUAUGCAACGUACUAUGCAAUGAUAUGAGGUACAGAUUUUAAUAGAUCAAGACACAUUGCAGGGAUAUUUGGAGAAAGUAGCCCAUUUCUUGAGGCUGAGGCUGAUACAGAGGCUAAUUAAUAAAGAAAAUGCAAAGAGGGGAAGAGGGAAAGAGACUAAUUGGAUAUAAAUUUUAUGAAUAGAGAGAGAGAGAGAGAGAGAGAGAGUGAAAGAGGGGGAUAGAGGGAGAGAGAGAGAAAAAAGAAUGUUACACUUCCUAUGGACUUGAUUUCUUAAUAGUUAAGAAUAUGAGUGUAUAUAUAGAUGAAGGAUUUUUACAAGCUAAUAUCGAUGUAUGUCCCAUUUAGUGUGCUAUUUUGCAAAUUUUUAUAUAGCUUUAGGUUAGAUUUUUAUGUAUGAAAUUGUUGUUAUGCACAAUGUUUGUUGAAAAUGAUCAUGUGCUGUAAUUUAUUUAGGUUUGGUAAUAUGAAAUUCUUAAUUUAUGAAGACUAUAGAGUUAAUUGAUACAUUAUAGAUGAACUGCGUAUGUUCACUUUAAGCAAACAGUAUUUCAAUAUGAACAAAUGUAGUUAAUGGGCGUCUAAAUUGUAAGAUUAAAGAGUUAUUGACAUCAGUUAUUAUGGACAGUAGAUUCUAAUGUGCUGACCCAAGAAAGAAAAUUGAAGAAAUAUAUAUUAUGUUACUUUAAUAGUGGAGCCAGGAACUCCCUUUUCCAGCAGGCAAUGUUCUGCUUCUCAACUUUACACAACUUUCCAGCAAACAAUGUUCUGCUUCUAUUCUUUACACAUGGCAAAAGAUGAUUACUUUCGUCAUAUGAGGUAAUGUUUUGAACAUGCAUUAAUAAUAAUGGCAUGAAAUUGCAUGGAUAAGUACCUAGCUUGUGUAGAAUCGUCAUGAAAUCUGACAAUAUUGUUUUAAGUGGAAAAGGAAGGAGGAGGAGGAAGAGAGGAAGUAGAACAAGAAGGAGGGGGAGGUGAGGAGUGGGAAGAUAACUAAACAUGAAAAUAUAUAUGUAUUCUUAGGAAUAACCACACAUUACAUAUCUGGGCUAUGACCCCAUGUUGGAAUAAAUUGCACUUAAAUAUAUUUUUCAUCAAAAGUAUCUUAUUUUGAGCUCAUACCAAGUAUAUGAAUAAUUAGUUUUGAGACAAAACUGAAUUGUCGGCAAAUCGUGAUCCAUUGUAAGACUUCUAUGAUAUCUUGAUGAUUGUGAAUUCAUCAAUCUUUAUACCUGUAAUGGGCUUGUGAUUGCAAUGAAUUUUAACUACCAAAAUAUAUAUAUGAUAAUUUAAAUCCCUGCUUAUAUGAUUUUAAAUGUUUGAAUAUUCAUAUCACUUCCUGAAUCAUUUCUUUUUCUUCAACUGGGUAGCAGAAUAGUCAUGAAGUGUAAGGUAGGCUUAACAAAGCAAAUGUCAAUGGAACCUGAAUUCAAAUAACAGGGAAAAAGUUUGGAUUGUCCUGUUAAUUACUAUUAGCAUAAGUAUUCUUGCCAAAUCAUGUCAUUUUAAUAUAACCCAUCAUGAACUGAAAUAAAUCUAAAUUUAAUUCCUUUGCAAUAAUUAGCUGCUAUUUAAAAUUGAAGGUGCAAUGCAUUAUGAUAUUUUUAUGAACCAAACAAUUCUUAGGAUUAUUUUGAGGGGUGUACAUGUAUAUGAAGUGAUAUUAUCUCUUCUGUGUUUUGCUGCAAGUAUUGCAUCAAAAGCCAGAUCCCCUGACCAAUGUCAUAAUUUUUUCUGCAGAAAAUUUGCAAAAUGUCCUUUGUAAACAAAGGAGAACACCCCAAAUUGUCAAGAAAUCAAUUUAUGGGUAUGCAUUCAUAUCUAGAAUUUUUUUUUAAACACACAUGCAUUUCAUAUGUUGACUUUGCUGGCUUUCCAUGGUUGCGAUUGAUCGGAUCAAUCCCAACUCUUCGUAAGAUGGGCCCUAGGUCAUAUUAGUUUCCAGGAUUAAGACGUCAUCAUAAAAAUGAAUACGAUUUAUUAAUUCUACUAUAGAAAUGCUUGAAGAAAGUUGUGUUUUUGUCUGGUCACAUUUAUUUCCAAUCAAGUAAACUUUUUAAAACAAAUAGAAUACUUAUAUACCUCUAUUGUAGUGUGUGUUAAAUUGUCCUAGUACCCAUACCACCUUCUCAGUAUUAUGAACUUAUUACAGUUAAUGUGUAAAUAUUUAGUAAACAUAAGUUUACCACUUAAUGGAUAAGCAGGGAAUUCCUUUGGUUAAGGAAGACCUCGGAAAAUAAAGAGUGUUUUUUUUUCAUACUUUUUUUUGACAGGUACACACAUACCUUCUGCCAGUUUGCAUGUCAUUUCUUCCCCUCAUUAUUUCAUGUUUAUCAUGAAAUACUGAAAACUCAUUACAUUUACAAGAGUAAUCAUGUUUAAGUAUAAUUGCAUAUAAAGUGUACUUUUCUUAUGAAAUGGCAAUAUAUGGUAUUUUAGGGGUGCUGUUGAGCAGUGGCAAAGUCCCAAAAGUUUUAGGUUCAACUCCCACUUUAGAACUAAUUUCUUUUGGCAAGACAUAUGAGGACAAAGUUACCAUCACUUGUGACUUUUGUUCAAUGGGAUAUCUAAAUGUUCUAAUUCAAAGCUAUUUUGCUAAACUAGUUAUAUCAAAUUAUUUUUUCAAAUGAUUUCUACAGAUGCAUGUAAAGUUGAAUCUCUUGAGAUCAUAGCAAGAGAAAUAUGAAUUAUGAGAUUUGACGAUAAGAUCUGAAUAACUUGUCUGGCAUAAUCUGGUUUAAAAUUAUUACAGUUAUUAGAUUCACAUGAUAUACCUGAUCAUAAUUGACAUCUGUUGUCUAGAAUUCUUAUAAAGCUGAGCAUUCGUUAUUCAUUGUUUCUGCCAAAUUAAGAAUAUCUAUUAUUAUAUUUUCUCUCUUAAGUGUAGCAUUUUAAAACUUGGAAUGAAUUGCUUAUCUUCAAUUCCCAAACUGAGUCAGAAUUGUACAUUAUUAACAAUUUGAAUCAUGAUAUGUAUGUGGCAAGUGAUGCAUUUUAUACAGGGUCAAAUGUUGUAAUGAAUAGCCACAGACCUACUACCUGGUCCAGAAACAGAUACUGUUUUUGUAAUGCCACCAGCACUCGGCAAUCCAAAAAUAAAAAAAAUUGUGCCAUUUUGCUACACAUUUAUAUAUAUAUAUAUAUAUGAUGCAUGUGCAGAUUCUGCAGAAAGGUAGAUUGUGUACUGUACUUGUUUUUCCUUUUUUUUUGAUAGGUAAUCAAAGAGGUCUGAUUAUACUAAAGACAUUGUGCUUCUGUUUAUGUUUUUGCUGUUUGAACAACGACAACCACAAAAUGAUAGAAAGAACUAUGCAUUGAUACACAAUAGGCUGAUUGGUAUGAAACAGGGUUAGAAUUAUGUGAGGUAUACAUGCAAUUGUUCAAAUUCUAUGGAAUAUACUUUUCAUCUUUGUGAAUGACCAAAUAAGAACAUUGAAAGGCAAUUUGAGCU